AUGCUUCACCACCAGCCCCAGAUUCUCUCCCCUCUUCCUGAGAUGAACUCUCAGUCUCCUGACCCUUCCAGCCUCCGCGCUAGGAAGAUGUCAGCCGGUGGUAACAGGUCUUGGUCCGAAGAAGAGGAGAACUACCUUCUUCAGACCCGCAUGCAAAAGAUGCCUUACAAGCACAUUGCUGCUCACCUCAAGAAGACCGAGCUUGCAUGCCGCCUGCACUACCACCAGCUCUCGCACGGUAGCCACCGCCGCAAGCGCAACAACUCGGUCUCUUCCAACGCCUCUUGCAGCUCUUCCGGUACUGCUCCGGUCUACUCCAUGACCAUGGAUCAGGAUGCCUACUCUCAAUCUUCCCGCCAUAGCUCUCCCAUGAGCUACACUGGCAGUCCCCAUGUCCGCGCCAAUUCCAUCACCACCUCUCCCGGCCGCUCCCAGCACAAGAUCCUCCUUCCCAAGCCCCGCACCCUUACUCCCCGUGGAUCUCCGGAGCCUUACAACGGUCUCCGUAUCAACACCGAAGUGGCCCACCAGCCCAAGAUUGUUGACACUGAUCGUCUCCGCUCCAUCUACGAGGCCCGCCGCCAACAGUUCUGGGCUACCGUCGCUGCCGACUACGGUGCGGAUGUUUCCCCCGCCCAGCUCGAGGAGAUCUGGCGCAACGGUUCCAACGCUGUUCGCCCUCCUACUCCGGACGCCUCGCCCGAUGGUAGCAUCAUGCACAACCCCAUGUUCAAGCCCUCUCCCUUCCCGAGCUACAUCUCGCCUGCCCACAGCGAGCCAGCCAAGCACUACAGCCCGAUGAACCCCAUGAACAUUAGCGCCGUUUCAGCCCCAGAGCGCAUGCCUUACGUUCUGCCCAUGCCUGUUCCUUCCUCUGGCCGCCCAAGGGCUGGUACGUGGAGCUCCGCGCCCAGGGACAACAUGCCCAUCGCCAGCCUCCUCAACGACGAUAGGAAAUAA